AUGGAGCGGCGGCUCCUCUGCGCCGGCCUCUACUGGCUGCUACUGCCGCUGGCCCUGCUGGCCGCCUGUCUCUUCCGCUUCAACGUCCUCUCCCUGGUCUACCUGCUCUUCCUGCUGCUGCUGCCCUGGUUCCUGGGGCCCUCCGAGCACACUGUGAGAGGUCACACCGGCCGCCUCCUCAAAGCCCUCCUGGGAACCAGCAUCCUCUUCCUCACCGCCCACGUGGUUUUCCAGAUAUGCCUCCACACGCUGCCCAUCCUCGACCAGCUGCUGGGGCCCAGCUGCAGCACCUGGGAGAUCCUGGCCCGGCACAUCGGCGUCACCAGGCUGGACCUCAAGGACAUCCCGAACGUGGUGCGCCUUGUGGCGCCCGACGCCGGCAUCCUGCUGGUGUCCGCGCUCUGCCUGGGCCUGUGCCGCCGCCUCGUCCCCAAGUCCCGCGCACGGAGACCGGAGCCCUCGGAGCCCCUUGAGCGGGAGGAAGAGGAGGACGUGGAGCGUCGCGGUGGCGGUGGCGAUGGCACGGCCAGCGAGGGGACGCCGCUGAGCGCCAAGCUGCGGGUGACCGCGCACCGGCUGCUGCGCGCCGCCGCCACCGCCUCGGCCGUCCUGCUGCUGGCCCUGGCAGGGAUCGCCCUGCCCUCCGCCUCCUCCGGCGUCUACUACGUGCUCUUCGUGGGGCUGUGCACGUGGUGGGCCUGCCACGUGCCCGCCGGCCGCGCCGCCUUCGACGCGCUCUGCGGCCUCGUCGGCCUCUACGCCGGCGCCCACCUGCUCUGCCUCUACGCCUACCAGACGCCCUUCGUGCAGGGGGUCUUCCCGCCGCCCACGCUCUGGGCGCGCCUCUUCGGCUUCAAGGACAUCAUCGUCUACGCCAACUGCUCCCGGCCCAAUGCCCUGGCACUCAACACCGGCCACCCSUGGCCCGUUUACGCCCACCCUGGCAUCCUGCUCCUACUCUACUACACCGUGGCCACCCUGCUCAAGCUGCGGCGCCUCGAUGCUGCCCAGAGGAGAGCCCAGCCGCCGGAGAGGGGCCGGGAGCGGGAGCUGCUGGAGCUGGAGAGCUGGCCCAGGGACGGCGAUGGGCUGGCGGACGACACCAAGCCCAUGCUGUGCCCCGGCGCCAGGAACCCGGGCAGCGGCCCCCCGAAUUGCACCGUGCACGUCGCGGGCACCGCGUCCCCACCGGGCGCGAAGCGGCGCUCGGAGCGGCCGCUGCUGCACACGCUGGGUCACGUCGUCAUGAGCCAGAGCUACGUCUGCGCCCUCAUCGCCAUGAUGGUGUGGAGCAUCACGUACCACAGCUGGCUCACGUUCGUGCUGCUGCUCUGGGCCUGCCUCAUCUGGGUGGUGCGGAGCCGGCAGCACUUCGCCAUGCUCUGCUCGCCCUUCCUGCUGCUCUACGCCGUGGCRCUCUGCAGCGCCCAGUACGUGUGGGCCAUGGAGCUGGCCCCCGAGCUGCCCGCCCGCCUCGGCUUCAUGAGCCUCGAGCAGCUGGGGCUGGUGCACCCCAAGUACCCCUGCCUGGACCUGGGCGCCAAGCUCCUGCUCACCCUCACCUUCUGGCUCCUGCUGCGGCAGUUCGUCAAGGAGAAGCUGCUGACGCGGCAGUGCCCGUCCACGCCGCUCCUGGAGGUGACCGUGUCGGACACGGAGCCCAGCCGGCAGCAGGACGUGCUGAAGGCGCUGGGCGCCCUGGUGCGUGACUUCUACGCCAAGUACUGGAUCUGCGUGUGCGCCGGCAUGUUCAUCGUGGUGAGCUUCGCCGGGCGCCUCGUCGUCUACAAGAUCGUCUACAUGUUCCUCUUCCUGCUCUGCCUCACCCUCUUCCAGGUGUACUACAGCCUGUGGCGCAAGGUGCUCAAGGGCUUCUGGUGGCUCGUGGUGGCCUACACCAUGCUGGUGCUCAUCGCCGUCUACACCUUCCAGUUCGAGGACUUCCCCAUGUACUGGAGGAACCUGACGGGUCUCACCAACGAGCAGCUGGGAGACCUGGGCCUGGAGCAGUUCAGCGUCUCCGAGCUCUUCUCCAGCACCCUCAUCCCGGGCUUCUUCCUGCUGGCCUGCAUCCUGCAGCUCCACUACUUCCACCGGCCCUUCAUGCUCAUCACCGACCUGGAGCACAUCCCUGCGCCCGAGCCGCAGCCCUGCCACAUCCCCAGGUAGGGCCCCGCGYGGGCGCCGGGCACCCAUGGGUGCCACGUGAGCCCACAUCUGAGUUGAGCUCCUGUCCUCAGGCCGGAGGAGCUGCACGGGAGCCGUCUGCUGCGGGACGCGGCCGCCGCCGAGAGCGCCAGGGCCGACGGCGACGACUCCGACAGCGCAUCCCAGGCGCCCUCCAAAUGGGGGCUGGUGCUGGAGCGCCUCAUCGUGCUGGGCUGGGCCUUCUCGGACCGGCUCACCCAGGUGCAGGUCUUCGUGGGGCGCCUGCUCGAGCUGCACAUCCUCAAGCUCGUGGCUCUCUACACCGUCUGGGUGGCCCUGCAGGAGGUCUCGCUGAUGAACUUCCUGCUGGUGCUGCUGUGGGCCUUCGCCAUGCCCUACUGCCGCUUCCGCCACAUGGCCUCCUGCCUCUCCACCGUCUGGACCUGCAUCAUCAUCGUCUGCAAGAUGCUCUACCAGCUCAAGAUCGUCGACCCCAGCGAGUACUCGAGCAACUGCACCCAGCCCCAGCUCAACGGCACCAACCUCAGCCCGGAGGAGCUGGUCAACUCCACGUUGUACCGGGGCCCCGUGGACCCCGCCAACUGGUUCGGCAUCCGCAAGGGCUUCCCCAACCUGGGCUACAUCCAGAACCACCUGCAGGUGCUGCUGCUGCUGGUGUUCGAGGCCGUGGUGUACCGGCGCCAGGCCUACUACCGCAAGCAGUUCCAGCUGGUGGCCCCCGUCACCGAGACCAUCUUUGAGGACGUGUCCCGCGAGCACCUGGACCACGGGCUCGUCAGCUGCGCCAAGUACUUCCUCAACUACUUCUACUACAAGUUCGGCUUGGAGAUCUGCUUCCUCAUGACGGUGAACGUGAUCGGGCAGCGCAUGAACUUCAUGGUGAUCCUGCACGGCUGCUGGCUCGUCGUCAUCCUCACGCGGCGCCGGCGGGCGGCCAUCGCCCGCCUCUGGCCCAAGUACUGCCUCUUCCUCGUGGUCUUCCUCCUCUACCAGUACCUGCUGUGCGUGGGCAUGCCGCCCGCCCUCUGCAUCGACUAUCCCUGGCGCUGGAGCCGGUCCCUGCCCAUCAACUCGGCGCUCAUCAAGUGGCUCUACCUGCCCGACUUCUACGUGCCCCCCAAGUCCACCAACCUCAUCAACGACUUCGUGCUGCUGCUGUGCGCGGCGCAGCAGUGGCGGGUGUUCGCGGCCGAGCGCAGCGAGGAGUGGCGGCGCGCGGGCGGCGACAACGCGGACCGCCUGGACGCGCCGCCGCGGGAGCCCCGCAACCCCACGCCCGACUUCAUCCACUGCCGGUCCUACCUGGACAUGGCCAAGGUGGUGGUCUUCCGCUACCUCUUCUGGUUCGUCCUGGUCGUGGUCUUCAUCACCGGGGCCACCCGCAUCAGCCUCUUCGGCCUCGGCUACCUGCUCGCCUGCUUCUACCUCCUGCUCUUCGGCACUGCCAUGCUGCGCAAGCCGGCGCGGGCCCGCCUGGUGCUCUGGGACUGCCUCAUCCUCUACAACAUCACCGUCAUCAUCUCCAAGAACAUGCUGUCGCUCCUCUCCUGCGUCUUCGUGCAGCAGAUGCAGAGCAACUUCUGCUGGGUGAUCCAGCUCUUCAGCCUGGUGUGCACCGUCAAGGGCUACUACGACCCCAAGGAGAUGGGCAAGGACCAGGACUGCUCCCUGCCCGUGGAGGAGGCCGGCAUCAUCUGGGACAGCAUCUGCUUCUUYUUCCUCUUGCUCCAGCGCCGCGUCUUCCUCAGCCACUACUACCUGCACGUCAUGCUGGACCUCCAAGCCUCGGCCCUGCAGGCCUCCAGGGGUGUCGCGCUCUUCAAGGCCAGCAUCCUGAAGAGCAUGCGCUCGCACCGCCAGGCCGAGAAGAAGUCGCUGGCGCAGCUCAAGCGGCAGAUGGAGCGGAUCCGGGCCAAACAGGAGAAGUACCACCAGGAGCGGCUGCCCGGCGGCGCCGGCCAGGACGAGGCCGGCGCAGUGCUGCACUCGGGCGAAUACUUCCUCUUCGAGUCGGACAGCGAGGAGGAGGAGGAGGCUGCUCCGGAGGAGCCGCGGCCGGGCAAGCAGAGCGCAUUCCAGCUGGCCUACCAGGCCUGGAUGACCAACACCAAGACGGCGCUGAGGCAGCAGGAGCAGCAGGAGCUGGAGCAAGCAGGCGCUGAGCCCGCUGCAGGGUUGAGCGCCGUCUGCCUUACAGGGGACGGUGGAGGGCAGAGGACAUCCGAGGCUGAGGCACCUGCAGAGGAGGAAGGACAGGAGGAAGAGGAGGAGGAAGGGUCAGAGCGGGGCAACGUGCUGCAGCGGGCGCUGAACACCCUGCGCUUCCUGUGGGUGCUGUGCCAGGCCAUGGUGGACGGGCUCACCCAGUGGCUCGACGCCUUCAACAAGGAGCACACGGACAUGUCCACGGUGCUGCGCGUCGAGAGAUACGUCCUCACGCAGCGGCUGGCCAAGGGCGAGGACGUGCACCGGGGCGUCCUGGAUGAGCUCUACGUGCUGCCACCGGACGGCUGCCCCGAGGAGCYGAGCCAGCGGGCAACGGGGGGCUCGGAGCCCCGAAACGGCCUCGCUUCAAGCGGGUGCGGAGGAGCCAAGCGGGCCGCGCGUCCCGACGCCGCCCCGGAGCAGCAGGAGCGGCUGCUGGCCCUGGGCUUGCAGGAGGACGUGGCCAGCUCGCAGGAGGAUGUGGCCGGCUCGCGGGAGCUGCUGGCCCUUCCCCAGAACCGGAGCCGCACCGCCAGUGAGCUGCUCCUCAACAGGCGCCUCUACUUCGCCACGCUGGAGGAGUCGGAUCAGUUCUACCAGUCACACAACCGCUUCCUCAAGCUGCUGCUGGCCGCCUACCACUGCGUGGCCGCCCACUCGGAGCUGCUCUGCUACUUCAUCAUCAUCCUCAACAACAUGGUGACCGCCUCCGUCAUCUCCCUCUUCCUGCCCAUCCUCGUCUUCCUCUGGGCCAUGCUCUCCAUCCCCCGGCCCAGCAAGCGCUUCUGGAUGACGGCCAUCAUCUUCACYGAGGUCAUGGUGGUGGUGAAAUACCUCUUCCAGUUYGGCUUCUUCCCGUGGAACAGCUACGCCACGCUGGUGCGCAACGAGGGCAAGCCCUUCUUCCCGCCCCGCAUCCUGGGCCUGGAGAAGACCGACCGCUACAUCAAGUACGACCUGCUGCAGCUCCUGGCGCUCUUCUUCCACCGCUCGCUGCUGCUGUGCUACGGGCUGUGGGACCAUGAGGAGGACCCCCUGGCCAAGARGCGUCCGGAGGAGGAGGAGGAGGAGGAGCGGCGGGAGGAAGCAGAGCCCCCGGCGGGCGGUGACGGGGGGCCGGAGGUGCCGGCAGCGGCYGUGGGGCCAGGGCAGGAGGACGAUGCCGUGGGGCAGGACGAGGGCGGAAGCCACCUCCGCUUCCGGAGGAAGAAGAAGCUCUGGAGCAAGAGGCAGGAGGCCGUGGAGGAAGAAGAAGGGGAGGAGGAGGUGAAGCAGAGCCACUCUCAGAAGAAGCUGAAGAAGUUUGGGCUCCGGGUCAAGCUCUUCUUCCUCACCAUGGCGCAGAACGUGUACCAGCCCGUGCGUGGCUUCUUCCACGACAUCCUGCACACCCAGUACCGCGCCGCCACCGACGUCUACGCCUUCAUGUUCCUCGCCGACGUGGUCGACUUCAUCAUCAUCAUCUUCGGCUUCUGGGCCUUUGGGAAACACUCGGCUGCUGCCGACAUCACGUCCUCGCUGUCGGACGACCAGGUGCCGGAGGCCUUCCUGGUCAUGCUGCUCAUACAGUUCACCACCAUGGUGAUCGACCGCGCGCUCUACCUCCGCAAGACCGUGCUGGGCAAGCUCGUCUUCCAGGUCAUCCUGGUCUUCAGCAUCCACCUCUGGAUGUUCUUCAUCCUGCCGGCCGUCACUGAGAGGUUGUUCAGCCUCAACACGGUGGCCCAGCUGUGGUACUUUGUCAAGUGCAUCUACUUUGCGCUGUCCGCCUACCAGAUCCGCUGCGGCUACCCUACCCGCAUCCUGGGCAACUUCCUCACCAAGAAAUACAACCACCUCAACCUCUUCCUCUUCCAAGGCUUUCGCCUCGUACCCUUCCUGGUGGAGCUGCGCGCUGUUAUGGACUGGGUCUGGACGGACACCACGCUGUCCCUGUCCAACUGGAUGUGCGUGGAGGACAUCUAUGCCAACAUCUUCAUCAUCAAGUGCAGCCGCGAGACGGAGAAGAAAUACCCGCAGCCCAAGGGGCAGAAGAAGAAGAAGAUAGUGAAGUACGGCAUGGGCGGCCUCAUCAUCCUCUUCCUCGUGGCCAUCAUCUGGUUCCCGCUGCUCUUCAUGUCGCUGGUGCGCUCCGUGGUGGGCGUUGUGAACCACCCCAUCGACGUCACCGUCACGCUCAAGCUGGGGGGGUACGAGCCGCUGUUCACCAUGAGCGCCCAGCAGCAGUCGAUCCAGCCCUUCACCCCGCAGGACUACGAGGCCCUGACCAACGAGUUCGAGAGGCAGCCGGUGGCCAUGCAGUUCAUCACGCUGUACAGCUACGAGGACAUCGUCACGGCCCGCAUCGAGGGCAGCUCGGGCUCGCUGUGGAGCAUCAGCCCGCCGAGCCGCGAGCAGAUGCGGCGCGAGCUGCAGAACGGCUCCUCCGACAUCACCCUGCGCCUCACCUGGACCUUCCAGAGGGACCUGGGCAAGGGCGGCACGGUGGAGCACACCUUCGACAAGCACACCACGGACCUGCAGCCCGGCGCGCCCCAGCGCGCGGAGCUGGCCGCGCUGCUGCAGGGCACCCGCAACACCCCCGUGCAAGUGCCCAAGCUCUUCCCCAAGUACAUCCGUGCGCCCAACGGGCCCGAGGCCAACCCCGUGAAGCAGCUGCUGCCAGACGGUGAGGACAGCUACCUGGACGUGGAGGUGCAGCUGAAGCGGGAGCGCGUGGGCUCGGGCCGYGGCAGCGACAGCUUCCUCGAGUGGUGGGUGGUGCGGCUGAAGGACGCGCCGGCGCGCGACGGCAACAUCCUGCCCAUGGUCAUCUUCAACGACAAAGUCAGCCCGCCCAGCCUGGGCUUCCUGGCCGGCUACGGGAUCAUGGGGCUCUACGUCUCCAUCGUGCUGGUGAUCGGGAAGUUCGUGCGYGGCUUCUUCAGCGAGAUCUCGCACUCCAUCAUGUUCGAGGAGCUGCCCUGCGUGGACCGCAUCCUCAAGCUGUGCCAGGACAUCUUCCUGGUGCGCGAGACGGGCGAGCUGGAGCUGGAGGAGGAGCUSUACGCCAAGCUCAUCUUCCUCUACCGCUCCCCCGAGACCAUGAUCAAGUGGACGCGGGAGAAAGAGUAGGAGGAAGGGGGACCGCCCGCGGGCCCCCUCGCAGGGACAUCACCGCCAAUGCCUUAACCAGCAGCCUCGCGGGAGCGCUGGGGACCGAGGGCCGCCGCGUGUCCCCCCGCGGGGACACCGGUCCCUCUGGGCGCCACGGGGCAGCCACACUACUGUUUUUAAGGCUGUUUUUGUGCCCCGCGGGGGCAGCGCCCGUGUCCCAGUGCCACGGGGACCACGACGUGCCUUCGCGAGGGCAGGGGGUGCCCCAGGCCCCCUGCCCAGCCCUGCGCCCCAACCAGGUUGAACUCGAAGCAAUAGGA